AUGAAGCGGAAACAGGACAACGAGGGCCCUGAUGGCCAUGACGGCGCCGGCCAUGCCCAAGUCCAGUCGUCCAAGAAAAGAGCUACUGAUUGGGUCUAUCAGCAAAAGAAGGAACAACACUCUCAAGACGAGCAGCUAGAGGCACCAGGAGAGGGACCAGGCUCGACCUCGCAAUCGCAAUCACCCGCUGGUGCAGCAGAGGCGACAGCUGAUAACAACGGCAACGACAACGGCAACGACAGCCCCGAACUCGACCCUGACUCGGCCUCGGUCGCCUCGGUCGCCAACACCUCCCUUACCUACGCCGGCCCGACGACUACGGUAGCAGCAACUAGUAUCAACACUACCACGACUCGUGCUUCGCGCCGCUUCCCCUCCGACCUCAAGACCAUCAGUUGCACGUUCGCCGGUUGCACCAAGACCUUCAACCGCCCUGCCCGUCUUGCUGCCCACCUCCGAUCCCACACCAACGAUCGCCCGUUCAAGUGCCCCUACGAUGACUGCGACAAAGACUAUCUCGAAGAAAAGCAUCUGUCCCAGCACAUCAAGGGUUCCCAUACCAACGAUCGAAAGUACAAUUGCCCCGAGCCCGGUUGCGGGAAGUCCUUCGUGACCAAUACUCGACUUCGCCGCCAUGCUCUCGUCCACGAGGGCGCCGAUCGCUACCGCUGCCGCGGCUACGGGGACUGUGUCCAGAGCUUCCGAAAGCACCAAACCCUUCAGAGACACAUCCGAACCGCCCAUCUAGGUCAAUCGGCGUACCCAUGCGGUAACGAUGGAUGCGACGCCGGCUUCGACACUGCGAGUGCCCUGAGAAGGCACGUAGACCGUGAGCAUGGUGAUCUCAAGUUCUGGUGUGACGAAUGCAACGCCGAGGCAGAGGGUGACGACAAUGGGUGCCGCCGUGUCGGAUUUACCACGAUGCUGCUGCUUCAAGCUCAUAUGAAGAAGGAGCACAACAACUGCGCCUUCUGCGGUGUCAGAUGCGGUACACAAAACGACAUGAUGCGCCACGUCGAGCUCUACCACUCAGCCAAGACGGUCGAAGAUCGAAAGACCAUCGCUUGUAGUUGGGAGGGCUGUGACAAAAAGUUCACGCGUGUCUCUAACCUCAACACGCAUAUCAAGUCUGCCCACGAAGGCCAUCGCUUCGUCUGCGGACAGACUGAUACCUACGAUGCAAAGGCCCCGGAGAUUGCAGACUGGAACUUUGCGGAAGAGGGCUGUGGUCAGGGAUUUACAACCAGGGUGAAGCUGGAGGAGCAUGUUCUUCAUGUGCAUCUUGGCAAGAAGCGUCCACCCAAGUUGUAUCCCGUCCCUUUAAUGGUCGCACAAGCUCAGCAAACUCAACAGGCCUUGCUGGACAGUCGUGACCUUGCUUGCCCCGUGCACGGAUGCACCACUCGCUUCAUCCGCCAUGCUGAUCUGGAUAGACAUAUUCAGAAUGAUCAUGGUGGUAACAAUGGUAUCAAAGAAGAGCAGCUGCAGCUUCUGCAGUUACCUCAAUUGCACACAGGCGAGGAACAGGCAGCCAUGGCGCCAUUCCCGAAUGCUACCAACUUGGGCGUCGACGAGCUGGGAUAUGCUAUCGAUCCUAGUCUUGAACCCCGACUUCAGCAAGGAGAUGUCCACUCUGGAUUCACCACCGCUGGCGCUGCCCCUCCCCCUCAGAUGGAGCAAUUCACGAAUGUCCCAGUUAGCGAUGGCGGAAGUCCUGGCGCUGUGCCUUUCUGGCUUGGUGACCAUGGAGACCCGUUCUCACCCCAACACCCGCCGCCUGUCUUUGAAGAUUGGGCUGCCGAUAUGCAGCUGUUAAUGGGCCAGGAUGCCGAGGGGUCGGACCUGCAGCUUGCCAGAGCGUAG